AUGUCCACCGCCCUCGCAACCGCUACUGGCUCCGCCCCCGCGGCGAGCUCGACCCCUGCCUGCUCCGGCAACCUCCUUUAUGACAGCCCCAGCCGGGACGCCAACUGCGCGAUGCCCUACGGCGGGAACAACACUGAAAUCUUGAAGAAGUGCUGCAAAGACGCCGACAUCAUCUCCUACUACGACAACUGCGGCGUCUACUGCCUCGCACUCGGCCAAUCAGUCGGCGACCUCACCACCUGCCUCUUCGAGAACGGCGCCAGCCACAAAGCCGUCUUCUGCCGCGGAAACCUGACCGCAUCCGCUACCGCUACCGGCAAUGCCGACCUCCCGGCAUCUGCCAAAGCUACUGUCGUAGCCAGCGGUGGUGCCAGCAGAGCCAGCGACGAUGAGGACAGCAGUCGUACCGCCACAAGGGGCACCGGCACCGGCAGCAGUUCCACCUCUACCUCUACUUCGUCUGCCAAUGCUGCCCCGGGCGUUUACCCCCCUGCCGGCAUCAACACGCUAGGUCUGACACUUGGUGCUCUGCUGCUCUCUGCCGCCACUCUCGGUGCUCUCCAGAUCUAA